GAUACCUCAGCUAAGCGGCUCUACUAAACAAAAAAUACUACGUUAAAAGCCAUGGCACCCGCACCACAGAUCCCACCCAUACCGACCUCACCAAGCAUCUUCCAAACCACACACAGCGCCUUAGCCUUUAUAAUGGCCUCCGAUUUCGAGAAACAGAGCUACUGGCACAAGCGCUUCUCGUCCGAAAAAGCCUUCGAAUGGCUUCUUCCGUCGGCUGAUUUUAUGCCGUUGGUAAAGCCCGUUCUCGACCGGCUUGACCCGGCCACGGCCCGCAUCCUCCACAUCGGCUUCGGGACAAGCGACCUGCAGAAUCAUUUCCGGUCACGGGGCUUCCGCGAUAUUCUCAACGUCGACUAUGAACCACUCGCUAUUGAUCGGGGUCGCGAUCUCGAAGAGCAAGCUUUUGGAGAUGUUCAAAUGCGAUAUGAUGUACAAGACGCUACACAGUUAGAUCUGUGCGAGAAGUUUGAUCUUAUUGUUGACAAAAGUACGGUUGAUGCAAUUUCAUGUGGUGGUGAGAUGGCGCUGCGGCGGAUGGCUGCCGGUAUUAAGCGUUGUCUUGCGGAUGGUGGCGUUUGGAUCUCGUUCAGUUAUUCAGCCUACCGAUUUGACCUGGAUGACUUUCCGUUUGACGUUGAGGUCCUUGCCAAAGUCUUGACUCAGAAAACGUUGCCGAAUGAUCCAGAUAUAUACCACUGGUGUUAUCUUCUUCGACCGAGAAGAGACACGGCUCCGGAUUCGCCUAUAAGUACGGACGACAACCCUGCGGGAGAAGGCUGAGACGAUAGUGUGCCUGUCAAACGAAAAAUGGCCAUAUAAUGCAUUGCCCAGAUGGAGUCCCAUUGUAUAAAACACUCAACUUCGACCUGAUGAUGCAGCAGCUGGCUGGAUACUUCGCUUUCGUCCUGAAUUGGACAACCCGCAGUUCUUAGACUUUCUUCCUGGUAACGAGACAUUACUAAUAAUGUAAUUAAAACUUGACACUCUUUUACGAAAUGCCUGCAACCUCUUUUACUAGAAAGCGUUGAUCGAACUUCACC